AUGCGGAAGGGGGAGGAGAACUUGUUCUGCGUCGACUGCAGGCGCAGGAUGUGCUCCCACUGCCAGGGCCACGCCGGCCACACCCUGCUGCAGAUUCGCAAGUACGUCUACCGGGACGUCCCCUAUACUGUGAAUGGUGCUAAGGUGGUGCAUCUGAACCCUCGCGACAAAUCUACACCGUCCAAACCCAACUCCGGCGGCCCCGCGUGCCGGAUCUGCCGUCAAAGCGUUUGCAGCGAUCUGAGCCGCUACUGCUCCGUCGCCUGUAAGCUAUCCGAAGAAGCAUCAGAAGAGGAAGAAUCAGGACAGUCGGAUGACAAUGCUGCAGAGCGAUCGGAGCCGUCGAUUCACGAUCCGACGUCCGAGCUUGACGAGAACGGUACCGAUAAGGAGGCGGACUCGUCUCUCGUGUACUCGCAGAACCAGCAGCAGCAGCAGGAGCAGCAACAACAGCCGUACGAUUCAGGGGAGGAGAAUCAGGGCUCUCGAAAGCAGCGGCGCAAGGGGGUUCCCCGGAGGGCCCCUGAGUUCUAGCAGAGGAGGAAACUUUUCGGUGUGAAUUUCGCGAAUUUCGCGCGAAAUUCGUAAUUUAUUUGUCGAAAUGAUUAUAAUUUAUUUUGGAAAUAUUUAUAGUGAGGGUCCUUAUAAUGUUGUGGAGUUUUUGUCCCUAAAUUUUGUGGUCAUGGGUCCCAUAAAUUGGGCUGUACAGCAUUCAAGAGAGAGAGAGAGAGAAAGAGAGUGUGUGAGUUCUACUUUUGGUUUGGACAUAUAGUUACCUUUUUUUUUCAUUCAUAUAUUUUAAAUUAUUUUUAUUUAUUUUUUGAGAUCAUUAA